AUGUUAAAUGAGCAUUCUCAACAAGAUAAUAAUCAAUUCAAUGGAUUACUUUCAAUGAAUAAUUUAGGUGAAUUUGAUAUGGGCAAGUAUACAAUGAAAGUUUUGACAGGUUCAGAUUGUCUUUAUAAAUUAAAAACUGAUCGACAAGCUCGUUUAAUGGAUGCAAUGGCAAUGUAUCGAAAAGAAGAACGUUUUUGUGAUGUUGUUUUAUGUAUUCAAGGUAUACGAUAUCCAGCACAUAAAAUUGUUUUAGCAUCAGUAUCAUCUUAUUUUGCUUCUAUGUUUGGUCAACCUGGUCAUAUUGAAGCAUUUACAACAGAAGAUAUUGAUUUAACAAAAUUAGUACCUUGUCCUUUUACAAUGAAUAUUAUAUUAGAUUUUCUAUAUACAUCACAAGUACAACUCAACGAUAGCUGCGUUAUGCCUAUUUUAACUUGUUCAAUACCAUUAUUACUUGAUGAUUUAAUUGAAUUAUGUAUUGCUUAUCUUCGUGAUCAUUUACAUGCAUCAAAUUGUGUUGGAUUAUUAUUAUAUGGUAAACAAUAUUUAUGUUAUCCAUUAAUUGAAGCAGCUGAAAAUUAUAUUCAUAAUCAUUUUGAAGAAAUUGUACGACAUGAAGAAUUUCUUUCAUUAAGUUUUGCUGAUUUAUUUUCAGUAAUUAAAAAUGAUGGAGUUAAAGUUGAAUGUGAAUCAAGUAUAUAUAAUGCAAUUAUGCAAUGGGUUCGACAUGAUUCAUUAAAUAGACGUGCUGAACUUGCAGAAUUAUUACCAUGUGUUCGUUUUGAAUUUCUUGAACCAUCAUUUCUUCGAAAUAUUAUAAAUUGUGAUGAUCUUGCACCAGCUGAUAUGAAACAUUGUCGAGAUUAUUUAUCAAAUGUACAUGAAAAUCUUACAUCACAUCGAUAUUGUCAUUUACCACCAUGUCGUGCACCAAUUAAACCACUUGUUAUUUAUUGUGCUGGUGGUUAUUAUAAUAAAUCAAUUAAUACAAUGGAAUGUUACUUUUUAGAAACAAAAACAUGGAAAAGAUGUGCAGAUUUACGAGUACCACGAAGUGGUGUUGGUGUUGUUUCACUUCAAAUGAGAGUUUAUGUUAUCGGUGGACGACAUAAUACAAAGAAUGAAAAUAAAGAUUGUCGUGAUGUUGAACGUUAUGAUCCAUUUAUGAACAAAUGGACAUCAAUAUCACCAAUGCAUUAUGCUCGAAAUCGUCUAGGUGUAGGUGUUAUUGAUAAUAAUAUUUAUGCUGUUGGUGGUUCAUGUGGUCAACAAAUAUAUUCAUCUGUAGAAUUACUUGCAGUCGGAGCAUCUGCUCAAUCAUGGGUAGAAGUAGCUUCAAUGCAUAUGCCACGUAUUGGCCUUGCUGUUUGCACACAUAGCCGAUUGCUAUAUGCUAUUGGUGGUUUUGAUGGACGUCGACGAUUAGGUGAUGUUGAAACUUAUAAUCCAGAUACGAAUACAUGGAAACGUCAACAAUCACUUCGAGCUGGUCGAUGCGGUGCAGCAGCAGCUUCACUUGAUGAAUAUAUAUAUGUUGUUGGCGGUUAUGCAUCUGAUAAUAUUGAAGGAGCAAUGCAACUUGAUCUUGUUGAACGAUAUGAUACAAUUACUCAACAAUGGUCAUUUGUAAAAUCAAUGAAUUGUCGUCGAUCGGGACUUAGUUGUGUUACAUUAGAUAAACAUCUUUUUACUAUAGGUGGUUAUGAUGGAAAAAAUUUUUCAUCUGUUGUUGAAAUUUAUGAUCCAAAAAAAGAUGAAUGGAGUUAUGGAACAUCUUUAACACGAGGACGAAGUGGUCACGGUAGUGCACUUACUGUUGAACCAACAUUAGACAAUGAUGAAUAA